AUGGUCACAGCUCAAAGCAGACAGAAGUCUUAUGCAGACCUAAAGCGCAAGCAUGUUGAGUUUGAAGUUGGUGAUCAUGUAGCUUUACCACCAUCAUUGUCUAGGGUGCACAAUGUAUUUCAUGUGUCACAACUUCGAAAAUAUGUAUCCGACCCAUCGCAUGUGCUGAGCUACAAGACCUUGGGUUUGCAGGAGGAUUUGUCAUUCAAUGAGCGUCCAGUGAAAAUACUCGAUCGAAAGGACAAGGUCCUAAGGAAUAAGACUAUUUCCUUAGUGAAAGUGAUGUGGAGGAACAAUGUUGUUGAGGAAGCAACCUGGGAACUCGAAUUAGAUAUGCUACAGCAAUAUUCGGAAUUGUUUCAGUGA